UGUAAACUCGGGGUUUGGAUUGUAGUAUCCCUGUUAUUACCGGCAGAAUGUGUCAUCAUAGCUAGAUAAAGCCGGCUAUUUGACGUCGCUCUGGUGUCCGCUUCGACUGCCAUACACUUGUUGCUUUCUGGCGCCUGAACGCAACAUGUCGCCGACUUGCCUCAGUGCCGAACCCCACGAGGGAGAGCAGAUUAAUGAUCCUCUGUUCCACUAUCUCGGCUGUCUAGAAUUCUACGAGAGGCCCCAAUACCUUAGUUCACUGAAUCCAGCACAACAAAAGGCUAUCGAGAAAGAGCGCCAACGCAUCGAGAGAUUGCGCAAGGUGAUCAGAAACGAGGAUACAUCUCACAAUAGAGUCCGAUGCAUCGAGAAAAGCCUUGAAACAUGGCGGAAAUCGCCUGUUUACCAAAAUGGAAGGAAGGGUACCCGAGAAUGGAGGGCAGGAGGAGAUCCGUCUGGCGUUGCAAAGCCCAAUGAUGUAUCCCAGGAGAGCGUCAACAUGGAUUGCGACAAUGUCGAGUAUAAUCCGGCUUCCGAUCUGAAUGCAUACUUGAUUCAAUAUCAAGGCACAGAGCCUUACAACAAUGAUGAUUCUGGCACCUUCCAUGGGAGCUUCCCAAAUCACAAAACAUCCAUGCCACAGCUUUUGGACGUGGGCGAUGAGAGUAAUCCGCUCCGCCGAGACAAGGUUCCAUCUGGACGUAUGCGCUACUUCCAUCUGCCCAUUAAUAACAUGCACUGGACCGAGAAAGCGAUUGCUAGAUAUUUCGGGGAAGAACAUACCCCUUGCAGCAUGUCGUCGUUCAAGUCGGAUGAAAUGACGCGCACGCAAAUGCUCUUGAGACCACAAUUCUGGAGCGGCCAACAACACGGCGGCCGGGAGGGUGCCGUUCACGCGAGACAUCUUCGCCCGCUCUGUGAAACAGUGUCAUCGGACCCCAGAAGAUUGGAGCGCUUUCCAAAGAAUGUCGUGCUUUUUAUGCCAUACCUCCAUUGGGACACAGACCGCAAACGUGAGCGGAUCGCCCGGCUGGUGGGGCAAGAAACCGAAAACCGGCGGAGGGAGAUGAGGCUGAAGGAGUACAACCAAAAACAGGAGCGUAGGAGGGCGCGAAAACAGCUCACCUUACCAAACGGCAGUACGUUCGAGAUGUUGAACGAGAAGACCGCACGCCCUUCGUUUCCUGCCGGCCUCGGACCACCCGCCUGGACAUUCUCCAGUGUGGUCAACGCCGCCGUUGCAAAUGGAUACAAGAUGCUCCACGCGACGAAGGCGACAUAUGAUCAUCAGGAUCGGAUUGUGACCAUGCACCCACUUGGACGAGUGCUGUUCGAUGCGGCCAUGCUAUACGAGCAUAUGCUACUCUACCGCGACGAAAGGAUCAUCAAGGAAUAUUUGCACAACGAUGCGCCAGUGCAUCCUCGUCGGACGCUGGAUCAGGCCUACUACUGGACCUUGAAGACGACCAAAAGCCGGGAUCGGGAUCAGGUGGUAUACAGAGGCACAACUGCGAAAACGGACUUGUCACACCGGUUCAACACCAAAACCAAGACGUGGACCUGCGAGGAAGUGGAGGACAUCACUACGACGUCGAAUCGCUGUGAACAAUGCCGCUCAGACAUUAUCCAGGUUUCGAGGCUCGUCAUGGUCGAUCAGCUCUGGAUGUGGAUUCUCGACGAGCACACCAUCAUCACCUCGUUCCCCAAACGAUACGGCGUCAAGCAUGGAGACUCGGGCGUCCACAAGUCCAUCCGACGACGGCUCGGCGAAUCCAGAAACACCCAGAUCCGUUCCGUCUUCGAUCUUGCCCUUAUCAUCAUCGACGAGUGCUCCAACACCUUCUUUGACCCAACGAAAACGCAGGACCGCCACCCCCAAGUUCUCGUCAAGUUUUCCGAGGCCAUCAGCACCAUUACGCAUAAGCAGAGCAUAUCUUUCGAGCUAUUGUGGGUUUGGACCGAGAAGUUUACCAAGCAAUCCAACACGAAAAAGAUGAUCGAUAUACAGCAGUUCGUUGGGCCGCUCCUCGACAUCAACCCUGAAGGCAAGCUCCAGCGUGAGAUCAAGGACGUCAUUGACGAGCUCGACAUCAUGAUUCAUAUUACGAAGAAACAGAAAGAGGUAAUCAAGAAGUUUAAGAAGCACACCGUGAAGAUCUUGGACCCGGACAACACUUUAGCUACUCAAGCCAGCACGCCAACACAGGUGGAGCAAGCCGAAGAACACAGACAGGGCACUACCGACGAAGUCUCACGCCUGGAAAAGUUUAUCUCUUUUAACCACUCGGCCGAAGACUUGCUAUCCGAGUUAGACGACCGUCUCGAAGAGCUCGAAGGGCUCAAGAUCACGGCGACCACUACAUCAAGCAGUCUGGAUCACCUCAUGCAAUUGAAACAACAACAGGCAAGCGUCAUCCAAGCUUGGCAGUCAGUCAAACAGUCGGACGCAGCGAUGAGCCAAGGGCGGGCUAUCAUGAUAUUCACCGUCUUCACGAUCAUAUUCUUGCCGUUGUCCUUCAUGAGCUCAGUUUGGGGUAUGAAUAACGCGCAGUGGACACAGAGCACAAUGGAUCUUUGGUUCCAGGUACAGCUCAUGAUCGGAAUCGCUGCCGCAGUCCUGGUCGUCACGCUCCCCAUCGCGUUCAGCUCGCUGAUACGUGAGAUCUUAUUUGCUCUCUGGCAAAUCUUCUUCAACUGGGUUAUACUCACGACGGGAAUAUACACCCUCUGGCUGGACAUUGAUAAGAAUAGCGACGACAUCAAGAAGAUGGCAGACGACACUAUCCAGAAUAUGAGAGGGAAGGUCAAGACCAAACGCCAAGCACGACGGGCGGCGGAAAGGGAGGCUAAUGAGAAGCGGGAGGCUGACAAAAAGCAGAAGGCUGACAACGAGCGGAAGGAACUGAAUCAGAGGAACAGCGAGCAUGAAAAUGGGGCAGCGAGACCUGGCAGGGAGCUGGAGGUUGAGACUACGGCUAAUGGGGCACUGCCGACAUUGCAGCAGCCUGCUGUGUCAAAUGAUGCACAUCGUGAAGUAGGCCUAGGCGCCCCCACGACUACCAAGCGGAAGUUUCGGUUUUGGGAACGUGGGUUUCUGACUAAAAGGAAGCACCGCAAUAAGACGACGAGUAAGGUGGGGGUAUAGGGUGAUGUGGGAGUUUGAGGCAAGAUUCCUGUCAGGUGCAAAUAAGCCACAGUGGCUUGGCCUGGACAGGGGUCGGAAAUGUAUAACUAGGCUGCUGUGACCCCUCUUCUUUUAGAGAGGGCAGCGAUUAACUUGUCGUUAUUGAGUCCCCUAUACUACGCUAUUGGUACCUACCUGGUGACUGGCAGCUUGUUUCGCUUGAGCACUCUCGUCCUUCACUUUGCACUUGAAAUCCCGUGA